AUGGUGACACUAAUGCCUUGUAGCUAUAUAUCUGCCCCCCGGAUCUCCAUCAUUGAUAAAAUGAUAGAGAUAGAACCAAAGGGAAAACGAUCGCGCACCGAAGGGCCGGAGCACACGACGGAGCGUUCUCGCAUCUACAGUAAUCUCUCGGAUCCGCCACUAGGAACAGCAACAACAGUGCCAACCCUGGACGGCAUCGGAAGUGGGCCAACGUUGGCCUUAGGAUCACCCUUCCACUACCCGACCGGAUCGACGACAACCCACACCGGCGGUAGUGUUGGUGGAGGAACACAUCCGGCCCUGUUUAAUCACUCCUCAUCCACAACGGCAGCGGCCACGGCCAUCGGAAGUGGUGCCCCAACUGGGCCCUAUCGCGUGCUGGGUGGGAGUUCCACCGGCAGUUCCGUUGCUCUUCACAACGGUCUAAAUCUAAGCUACGGACCUCUUCCCGGCAGUGGAAACGGUUCCGGUGGUGGUCUGCUGGCAAGUCCCGGAUCGCUAGUGGCCAGACUCAACAACAGUGGAGGUAGCAGCAGUAGUAGCAACAGUGGUGGAAGCUCAACCACCGUCAACUCGGGAACCACAUCCGGCGGAAGCUCUGUCGGAUCAUCGACGGCGGGCGGGCUAGUGGAUGGACUGUCCUCUCUGGGCACGGGUGGCAACGGGACUGGCGUGGGUAGUAGCGGCCUACUCGGCACAGGUCCUUCCAGCGAGCUGGGAAUGUCGCACUGGCUGAGUGACGGUACGGUUAAAUCGGAACUCCGCAGCCCGGGAUUGGACGCGAGCUUGGCCGUAGCAGCGGCCGCAGCAGCUUCCUCCAGCAAUACCACCACCAGCACCAACUUGCCCCUCGGUUCGACAACUGCGCAUCUCGACGGGAGUGGUCUUUUUUGUGGUAACCCGGGAGCAACCGCUGUCGCCACACUGGACGCCCUCCAGAGCCAAUCGGCUGCGGCCACAAACGUGUACGACCACAAGUCGGACUACUACAAUUACUACAACAGCAUGCAGCAGUACACGCCCGCGUUCUACUCGUCCGCGUACGGUGCGACGGCUUACGGGGCUCGGACGGCUUCUACCAAGAUCCCGUCACCAAACACCUACCUGGCGUCACCGUAUGCGGCCGCAGCAGCCGCUGGUAACAACAAUUCCGCCCAACUGUACUCCUCGUACGGGUAUAACUCGUCUUUCGGGCAGUUUGGAGCUGGCCAACAGGAUGGGUACAGCUACUACAAUGACCAGUACAGCCCGUACUACGCCAACACGGCCAGCUACUCGCCGUACGUCAGUUCACCCGGUUCGAGUGGCAGUCAGGCUGGGUUUCACGUGGCCGCCGGUUUAUCCGCCGAUAGUCCUUCGGAAGCACACGCCACCACACCCAACAUGUUGGCCCAUUCGCACUCACCCCAAUCGCCGAUUUCGAUCUCACCUACGGCCGGGAUCGGUGGCGUAGCUGGUGGUGUGGGAGGUCCUUUGGCCGCUAGCAAAACAACCCCCACUGGGAAGUCUGGAAGGGCGCGAGGACGACGUCACGCACAUCCGAGUCCUACGCGAAGCUCGACUAGUGAACCGGGAAUCAGCGAGAAAGCUCCUGAGCGCAUUUUCGUGUGGGAUCUUGACGAAACGAUCAUCAUUUUCCACUCGCUGUUGACGGGCUCGUACGCGGGCCGAUACAAUAAGAACCGCGAUCAUCAGGUGCAGCUGGGCUACCGGAUGGAGGAGCUGAUCUUCAACAUGGCCGACGCGUACUUUUUCUUCAACGACCUGGAGGAGUGCGAUCAGAUACAUAUCGACGAUGUGGCCUCCGACGACAACGGGCAGGAUCUCAACAACUACAAUUUCGCCGCCGACGGUUUCCACAAUGCCACACCGCAAGUAGGAGCUCCACCAAACGUGUGUCUUCCGAACGGGGUACGUGGCGGUGUCGAUUGGAUGCGGAAGUUGGCGUUUCGCUAUCGGAAAAUCAAGGACACGUACAACACGUACCGGAACAAUGUCGGUGGCUUACUUGGGCCACAAAAGCGUGACCACUGGUUGCAGGUGCGGUCGGACAUCGAGCUGGAGACGGACAGCUGGCACAGCCUGACGCUCAAGUGUUUGAACAUGAUCGCACAGCGUGAAAACUGCGUGAAUGUGCUCGUGACAACCACGCAGCUGGUCCCGGCCCUCGCGAAGAUCCUGCUGUACGGGCUUGGGCAGGUUUUCCCCGUCGAGAACGUGUACAGUGCCAACAAAAUUGGUAAAGAGCAGUGUUUCGAACGAAUCGUGACGCGAUUCGGACGCAAAAGCACGUACGUCGUCGUCGGUGAUGGGCAGGACGAAGAAAAUGCGGCCAAAAAUCUCAACUUUCCCUUCUGGCGGAUAUCGAGCCACAGCGACAUCCGGUCCCUGCACACCGCUCUCGAGAUGGGUUUCUUAUGA